UGUCAAAAGUCUCGACAAAUCUCGCGUUACAGUGCGAGAUCGCCAUGGUGAUAAACAACAUGGCGGAUAACGAGGAAGAUGCAAAUUUUGAAGCGGCAACGCCCAGUGUCACCAUAGACCUGGCCGAAACCCGACCCAACACCAUGGCCGCCUUCCAGUCUGUCACCCCCGGCGGGGGGAUGCUGAAUGCUGCGGCCCCUGCCGCGGAGGAGAAUAACCUGGACAAGCGGAUAAUUAGCGUGGCAAGUUUGAGUGAGUUGGAAGCGGCCGAAUCGUUGACGGAACUACUGCAGCCGAUGGACGCGGACCCCUUUGACGAGGAUCAGGCCGAGCUGCGUUUCCUGCACUCCAAGCCUACUUGCUUCAUCGUCCUGGGCAAGCCCGGCGCCGGCAAGACGGCCCUAGCACGCCGCCUGGCCCAGACCUGGCGCUGCGAGCUGGUCCACGCCACCGACCUCAUCUUACAACACAUCGACUUGGGUACCGAGACGGGGCACCGGUUGCAGGAGAUCCUGCAGCGCGGGGGCGCUGUUCCCGAGGAGAUGGUGGCGCGGCUGAUCGAGGAGAAGAUCAACUCGCCCGAGGUUGCACACCACGGUUAUGUCUUGGACGGCUUUCCCUCUCUGAGCGAAGACUACAUGAAGGUGACGGACCAGCUAGAGCUGGUCAAGAACUGGACCCUCAAACCGGAUUUCAUCAUUAAUCUCAGGAUGCCGGACCAAGACUUGAAGAAUCGACGCGCUGGCCAGCGAGUGGACCCAGCCAGCAACAUCCUGUACACCAGUGAAGUCUGGAACCCAGACAAGCCGGAGCCAAAGCCCAGCCAGGAUGGGGAAGGGGAGGAGGAAGAAGAAGAAGAAGAGGAGGAGGAGGCGGAGGAACGCAUGGGUGAUGAGGAGGGGGAGGAGGAGCCAAGAGAAGAAUUGAGCUUUGAGAUCAUUGAGCGGCUGGUGCGGAGACCGGAGGACAUGCUCUAUCACGCCCAAGAGAACAUUGUCGCUUACAAGGACAAAAUGCUCAGAAUGCUUGAGGAUUACAUCGCAGACCACCCUCAACAAUAUCUCAUUGAAAUGGAUGCCAACAAGCCAGCUGUAAACCUCUUCAAGGAACUCAUGAUGAAGCUGAACACUUUCGUCCUGCGCCGCGCCGCGGUCCCGAUCCGUCUCCAGAACCAGGACGAGGAGGACAUCCCCGAGGACAUCGAGACGGAGGAGCUGAUGCGGACGCUCGGAGGGACCAACAUGGUGGCGCCGCGGUACCGCUGGCGGCGCAGCCGCUGGGCUAGGAUGUGCCCCGUGGAGCUGCAGAAGGGCAACGUGGUUCCCGGGAAACCUGAGUUUGCAGUAGGGUUUCUCGACAAGAUCUACGUCAUGUCCAGCCCCGAGGCCAUGGAGAAGUUCUUGAAGAAUCCCCGGCCGUAUCUGGUCAGCCCUCAGCCCCGUCCCCCUUGCAAGCUGUGCGUGGUCGGCGCGCCACUAUCCGGAAAGACCACCAUGUGCCAUCUGCUGGCUCACAAGUUUAACGGCAGGGUGUUGGAUUUGGACGAGCUCAUCAAGUCGCGGAUGGCGGUGCACAAGGCCAAGCAGGUGGAGCUGCAUAAGCAGGAGGCUUUGGAGUCGGCCAUCGCUACGGUCAAGGCCAGACUACGAGAAAAAGAAGAGACUGCGUCAGAGGGCGAUGGAGAUGACAUGGACGAACAAGAAGAAAAAGAGAAGGCCGACACCGAUACAGAUGCUGACAGAGCUGAACCAGAAUCAGACCAGCCCACUCUCCCAGAGGGGGAGAAGGAGGACGACUCGGGUGAGGGGACAGAAAACGAGCGGGAAGAGGCUGUUGGGGACAGCGAAGAGCCAUCACAAAGUGAAGCAGAUAAGAAAGAAGGUGACGACGGUGAUACUUCCACUCUCAAAGACUCCACCAUCGUCUCGGAGCCAGCCCCCUCCCAAGACCCCACCGAGGCCACCACGACAGUCACCGCUCACGCCCCGCCCACCAUUGAGGUCGACGAGACACACCCGGAGGUCAAGAUCAUGGUGGACGCAGCGGUGGAGGAAGCCGAGAAGCAGACGUAUCCGCUGGCUCCGGAGCAAUACGUGGACGCGCUUGAAGAAGCCGUGACCGAAAUACACAAGGAGCUACGCAAGAAAGACCUCAAAGGACCAAUGGCUGGUGGUUGGGUGCUAGACAACUUCCCCCAGACCAGAGAGCACUGGACGGCCCUGAUUGACCGCGGUCUGGCUCCAGACGAAGUCAUCUUCCUGAAAGAUCCCAGUGAGAACGGCAACUACCUCUUGAAGAGGUGGUACAAGCUGAACAAGGAGGAGGUGGAUCGCAAGAUGCAGGAGAGGAAAGACGAGGAGGAGAGAGAGAAGGCGAGAGUCCUUGAAGAAGCAAGGAUGCAGACAGAGAGGGAACAGGAGGAGAAGAAACGAGAAGAGGAAGAGGAGAAAAGGAGACUGGCUGCGGAGGCCGGAGAAGGCGCCCAAGAAGGCGAAGAAGAGGGUGAGACUAAACAGGAGGAGGAGGAGGAAAAAGAAGGCGAGGACAAAGAGGACGGGGAGGCGGAGAAGGCCGAGGAACCCCCAGAGGAGGCGGAGCCUGAUGCGGGGGAGGCGACGGACGACGGAGCUACGCUAGCCACGCCCACCAUUACUGAGCCUAGUACGGCAAUCUCUGGCAUGGAUGUCGAUGCUAAGACAUCAGAUGGGCCCACUGAGCCUCCCAAGGCUGUGAUUGGACAGAAUCCAUCAGGUGAUGUUACUGGGGUGACUGGAGAAGGCAAAGGAACCGAGGAGGCGGAGCAAGGAGAAGAGGAGGAGGAGCAUCUGGAGACCCCGCCCCCUGUGGAGGACCCCUUGCCCCCCGAGGGGCUGGAGACCACCCAGUUCAAGGAGUUGCGGAACGACUUUGAGCGUGAGUGGCCCUCGGUCCAGGCGUUAGUGACAGGCAUGCUCAACGUGGAGCCUAUCGUGGUGGAUAUUGAGAAUCGCCCGGUGGAGCAGUUGAUGAAGGAAUCCUUUACCGCAGUAGAACAGCCUUUCUCCUACCGGCCUUGGGAGUACACCAGCAUUGAUCUGGACGAGGAGGAAGAAGACGCAGAGGCAGAAGAAGACGACGAAAUGGAAGAAGAGGAGGAUGAAGAGAUGAUGAAGAACAAGAAGAAGCAGUUUGGCGACACCAAGCAUUUCUGCCCGGUUCAGUACAAGGAGAACUACGUCCUGUGGCCCGGUAACCCAGAGAUUGGAGCCAAGUAUCGGGAGAAGGUCUACUACUUCUCUACCACUGAGGCGAGGGAGAAGUUCUUAGCCGAGCCAACGUUGUAUGUGGCCAAAGGCAAACCGUUCAAGCCGGCUCCGGUGCGUCUCCUCAUCUUGGGCCCCCGCGGCGCGGGCAAGAGCCUCCACGGCCGCUACCUGGCUGAAAAACUAGGCAUCUUCCACAUCUGCUUUAAGGAGCGUCUGCAAGAACUCGUCAUAGCCAAGACGAAGAAAAAAAUCGGCCCGGAGUUUGAGGAAGAGGAGGAGGAACCUGACAGCGAGCCCGAGGAUGAGGCCGGAACCGGACCGACAGAAGAACAGACUACUCCUGAAGGAGCAGGGGAAGGAGAGGAAACAGCGACUGCUGAAAACAAAGAAGAAACGGAAGAGGAGGAGCCAGAGAUAGAGUGGACUGAGGAAGAAGAAAACAUCAAAGGCAACCUGAUGGAGGAGGAAUCACUGACCCCAGAAACUCUGGAGAAGAUUGUCCCAGAAUGGUGGAACUUGGAACAGUUCAAGUCCACAGGCUUUGUCCUGGAAGGUUUCCCGCGCACGGUCGAGGAGGCCCACUUCCUUGCGGAGCACGGCCUCUUCCCGGACGCGGCGAUCCUCCUGGCCGUCGAAGACACGGACAUCCAGAGCCGCUUGCUCCCGCCCAAGCUGGACAAGUGGAAGCAGAAGCGUGAUCGCAGGCUGGCCCGAAAGGAACGGCGGAAACUCCGCAAGAAGAAGGAGAGGGAGACGCUGAUCAACAAGAGGAGGCUGGAACUGGUGGCAGAAGUGGCAGAGAGGAAAGCCGAGAGAAUUGCUGUGCAACGGGCGCAGAAAGCAGCAGACAGAGACAGCGACGACUCGGAACACUCUGAAGAUGAGCAAGAGGAGGACGAAGAAGAGGAAGACAUCGAGGCCCUGCUGGCCGAGGAGUUUGAGGAGGAAGAAGAGGAAGAAGAAGAGGAGGAGGAGCUGGAGGAAGAUGCGGUGGACCGACUCAAGAAUGAGAUUGGGGAGAUGUACGACGACGACACAAACAAACUGGCAUCGGUGCAGGAAACUUUGGAGGAGAUACUGGUCCCCCGCAUCGAGCUCAACGGCGGCCGCAAGCCCCACAUCGUCCGCUACACCCUGGAGCAGAACCUCAAGCCCAUCGUGGACUGCCGGGAGAGCCUCUUUGAGAAGGCCUACGCCGUCAAAGAGCACGUGGCCAAGAAGAUGCUGCAGAUUGGUUACAAGCACCCCAGCCGAUUCGGCAGGUGGUGCCCGGCUAAGCUCAUGGAAGGCGACUGCAUCCAGCCCAUGCAAGGCCCAGGCUACCCGUCCUUCCCGUCCAUCUACCAUCAGCACAUCUACUUCCUGUCCUCGCCCCAAGCCCGCGAAGAGUUCACCAUGCACCCGCUGAAGUAUCUCAAGCAGCCGUCGCCGAAACCUGUCGUCCCGAUCCGAAUGUCUAUACUGGGACCUCCAAAGUCCGGCAAGACAUCACUGGCCAAUCGUUUUGUCUCCGAGUACGGCAUGAUCCGUCUCUCCAUCGGCGAGGCGAUCCGCUUCAUCCUCAACCAGCAGCCCAAAACAGAGCUGGCUGCGCAACUGAACCGACACCUGCAGAAGGGGUUGACGGUGCCAGACGAGCUCGCCGUGCAAGCAUUAGAGGUGUCACUGCUGGAUAUGAGGGGCAGCACUAGAGGCUAUGUUUUGGACAGUUUCCCGGCCACCAAGCGCCAAGUGGACCUUCUGACUGAGCACUGCAUCAUCCCCGUCUGCGUGAUCGAGCUGCAGGUAGACAGCAGGGAGCUGAUGGUCCGAGGCAUGAAGGACAAAAACUCAGCAGACAGGGUCCUACCGUUCCACGACAGUGCCCAGAUCUUAGCCAUCCGCAUCGCCGCCUGGCAGAAGGAGAUCACGGCGGUCCGGGAGUGGUACAAAGAGCAGCACCGUAACUGGGUGCCGCUGGAUGGCGAGAGGUCCAAGUGGUGGGUGUGGAACCGCUCGGCCAACGAGGGCAAGAGGACGGUCCGGCAUAUACAGGACUACCUGCAGAGGAUAUCGGAAGGCAAAGCAGCCUCCGUGGCCGAGAUGUGCAUCACCCCGAAAGAGUUCCUGGCCCGCCUGGGCGACUUCGGCCAGUACUGCCCGGUCAGCCUGGCCAAGGAAGGCCAGCUGGUCGACUGCUCGGUCAACCUGACCAUGGAGUUCGCGGCUGAGUUCCGCGGCCGCUACUACAAGAUGGAGAACCAGGCCAAACUGGAGGAGUUCUUGGCCAGCCCGGAGCGGUUUGUCCCGCCGCUGGCACCCAGGCAGCUGCCCGCUCUGGAGCUGUUGCCACGUCGGCGGUCCCCGAUGGAAGUCAAGACCAUGUUCCCGAUGCAGUUGGAGCUGCAAGGAUACUGCCCGGUUACUUAUCUGGACGGAAAACUCAGAUAUGAAGCCAUCAUCCCCGGCAACCCGGACCUCCUCGUGGAGUACCGCCAGAACCUCUACUGCUUCCUCUCGGAGGAAAAACUCCAGAAGUUCCUCCGCAACCCGGAGAAAUACUACAACCUGAAGCUUCCCCACAAGCUCCCCCCGAAGAAAGACCCUCUCUUGGUGACCUCGCUCCCCAUGCUCGGGUACAUGGAGCAGACGUUAUCCGUGGCCAUCACUAAGGCUUUGACGACCGUGGGAUGCUUCAAGCCCAAGUUCCCGUUCCUGUCGGCGUCGCGGUCGGCGUUGCUCUACGUGGCGUACCAUCUGAAAUCGUACAACCCCAAGAGCUCGGACUACGUCCGCAAGAAGUAUCGCCGCAAGUUGGAGCAGUUUGAGGACAACUGCGAGCUGAUUCGCUACCUGGGCAGUCACAUGGCCGGCCGCUACAGGCACCCGGAGGAUCGGCCCAUCGACUUCGACCACAAGAUGAUAAUGUUCCUGAAUUUGAAGGGGCGAGAGCCCACGCCGUCGGCGAUCAUGUCCUGAAGGGAAAACAAAGUGUCCGGUCCAUCAAUGUAUCCCUGUUUUGUAAGGAUUUGUAGGAACCUUCCU